AUGGGAAACAGUUUAACCCAAUGGAGAGCUGCGAUUGGAUCUUUUUGUGGAAAUCAACUCAAAUUUGUUGUGUUACGAUGUACAGCAUGUUCAACAGACCCAGACGAGUCUGGGCAAACAACAACAACUUUGCUGGUGAUAAUCACAAUGUUGCUGGUCAUUGGAGGGAUCGAAAUGAAUCCAGGGCCAAAUCAAUCAAAAUCAGAGAUCACACAGAAAAUGUAUGACCUUGGUUGUAAAAUAAAAGCUUGUGACCAGGAAACUGAACUAAAGAAACAGGCAGAUCUAAUGUGUGAACUGGGUGAUGAGUUUAUAGGAUCAGCUGAAACAUCUCCGACCUGGUAUGAACAUUAUGUUUGGGCCUCAGCACUUUUAAACGCAGCAAAAUGUCGACUCGAGAAAUUAGAGAGUCGGCCAUUGAAAAAUAUACAGGAUCUGUUGCGAAGAUGGAGUUUGCUGAAUACUAAAUUUAAGUACGACAAGAGCUAUAUUGAACAAAAGCUUCAGAAGAUUGAUGCACAAUUUCUCAAAAGACUGUCAAAAGAGAGUACAUUUUCAACUUCUGAAUUGACAAGAGAAUACAAAGACGCCCUAGAGAAAAUACGUAAUUAUUCUGAAGAAACUGUGAAUGCCAUUAUAAACAAUGACAUGAUUGUACAUCCACAAACUUCUGAAAUGAAAGAACAGGAUAUUGAUAACACUAUAGAACACAGUAAAGUGUUCUAUAAUGAGAUCACAGAAAAGCUUUUAGAAUUUUAUAGGUCAAUUAUCACAAACUGUAUGUCUGUGCUAGGAAUUCAAAAUUGUAAAUACAGGUUUGCAAUAAUGGCACUAGGAUCACUGUCCCGUAAGGAGGUGACUGCUUACUCUGAUAUAGAGUGGGCAAUAUUGUUUGAUCCAAUGGGCCAGCCAGUUGAACAGAUAAAGGAAGAGUUACGUAUACUUGUCUAUUAUGUGCAUCUCCAAGUUUUAAAUUUAGGUGAGACCAUUUUGAACAAUCUUGACAUACCAGUAUUGACCGAUUUCAAUGACAGACUGCCACUUAAUAUGACUGACGUGAACUUUUGGGAUAAAGUGACUACACGUGGGGUUUCAUUUGAUGGAACACACCCAUCUGCUAGUAAGACACCAAUAGGACGAAAAUCAAGAAAGAACCCUGAGAAACCACCUACACUAGAGCUUAUAAUGACAAUAGAUGAAAUGACCAAAUACCAAUUCACUGAUGCAGCUUUAAAAGAGGGUUACCGUCUUGGUGAUGUGUUGAUGAAUUCAAAAUUAAUAACAGGAGAUGAAACCCUUUGGAAUGCAUACAAUGAACAGGUUCAUUCCAUAUUAGAAUCCCCAUCUAAGACUCCAAAUGUAUCUAUAGGUGCAGAACGUGGAAUGAAAACACUCAAUGAUGACCUAGAAAAGUAUGCGAAAAAUCCACUCACAGGCAAAUCAUUCCGUCAAGAUAUACAUAGUAAACAUAACGUCUAUAGGUUGGCAACUAUUUCUAUUAACAUUCUUAAGCUAGUUCAUGGUUGCAAAUCCUUUGCUCCCUUGGAUGUUUUAGAGGAGUUAUUCCAGACAGGAAUCCUAACUCAAAGGGCAAAGAAGGAUUUGCAAAUGAUGGUUUGCAUUGCAGCUAAUCUCAGGCAUUUGGUAUACAGUAAAUACAAAGAACAGAAAGAAUUGGUAUCAUUUCUGUCAAGUGAAACCGAGAAUGACCCAUUAGAUUCAAAAACUGUUUUACCUGUUAGAGGAUACACUGCAAUCAUUCAUUUCUACACUAUCUUCAUGCCAUGGUCUAAAUUCUUAAUUUCACAGAAAAAUAAAACAAAGUGGAAACACAAAGAUAAAUACAUGGAAGAGAGUAAUGAGAUCAGAAUAAUGUUAUAUAAAGACAUGUAUUUCUCUAAAAGAGCUCUAUGGGCUUAUCAAGAUAAAUUGAAGAAACUGAAAAGUACAUUAGUACAUGGUACAAUAGUAAAUGUGGAAGAAAUAGCUUCACUACAAACUACAAUAGGUAUACUAUACAACGAGGCACUUGGUAUGUAUGAUAAGGCCUUGCAAAUUCUUGAAGAUUCUUAUGAAAUGAGUAAGAAAAUACAUAGCAAUAAUAAUCACCCAAAUGUUGCAGUUUCACUGAACAAUAUAGGUUCAGUUUAUGAUAACAUGGGGAAGCAUACACUUGCCAGAAAAUACUUUGAAGAUAGUUUAUCAAUGUAUAGAAAGAUUCAUGGAAGUGCUGCUCACCCAGAUCUAGCCAGGUCACUUAACAAUGUAGGGUCAGUGCAUAGACAACUAGGGGAACAUACUACUGCCAUGGAAUACCUAGAAGAUAGUCUAUCAAUGUAUAGAAAGAUUCAUGGUAGUGAUGCUCACCCAAAUAUUGCCUAUUUACUGCAAAAUAUAGGUUCAGUGUAUGAUAUCACGGGGGAGUAUACCACUGCAAUGAAAUACUUGAAAGAAGGCCUUACAAUGUAUAAAAAUAUUCAUGGAAGUGAUGCUCACCCAGAAGUUGCCAGGUCACUGAACAAUAUAGCGUCAGUGCAUAUAAAACUGGGGGAGUAUAUUACUGGCAUGAAAUAUUCCGAAGACAGUCUAUCCAUGCUAAGAAAGAUUCAUGGUAAUGAUGCUCACCCACAUAUUGCCCAUUUACUGCACAAUAUGGGUGAACUGUAUCAUCGCAUGGGGGAGUGUACUACUGCCAUGAAAUACUUGAAAGAUGGCUUAACAAUGUAUAAAAAUAUUCAUGGAAGUGAUGCUCACCCAAAUGUUGCCAGGUCACUGAACAGUAUAGGUUCAGUGUAUAAUAGCAUGGGGAAGUAUACAAUGGCCAGGAAAUACUAUGAUGAUAGUCUGUCAAUGUACAGAAAUAUUCAUGGAAGUGAUGCUCACCCAGAUGUUGCAACGUCACUGAACAAUAUAGGUUCAGUGUAUAAUAGCAUGGGGGAGCAUACAAUGGCCAGGAAAUACUAUGAAGAUAGUUUAUCAAUAUAUAGAGAGAUUCAUGGAAAUGAUGCUCACCCAGAUGUUGCAAGGUCACUAAACAAUAUAGGUUCAGUGUAUAAUAGCAUGAGGGAGUAUACCACUGCCAUGAAAUAUUACAAAGAUAAUCUAUCAAUGUUAAGAAAGAUUCAUGGUAGUGAUGCUCACCCAGGUGUUGCAAGGUCACUGAACAAUAUAGGUUCAGUGUAUAAUAGCAUGGGGGAGCAUACAAUGGCCAGGAAAUACUAUGAAGAUAGUUUAUCAAUAUAUAGAGAGAUUCAUGGAAAUGAUGCUCACCCAGAUGUUGCAAAGUCACUGAACAAUAUAGGUUCAGUUUAUGAUAACAUGGGGGAGUAUACCACUGCCAUGAAAUACUAUGAUGAUAGUCUGUCAAUGUGUAGAAAUAUUCAUGGUAAUGAUGCUCACCCAGAUGUUGCAAGGUCACUGAACAAUAUAGGGACAAUGUAUGGACACUUGGGGGAGUAUAUCACUGCCAUGAAAUACUUGAAAGAUGGCCUAUUGAUGUAUACAAAGAUUCAUGGUAGUGAUGCUCACCCUGAUGUUGCAAGGUCACUUAACAAUGUAGGUUUAGUGCAUAGACAACUUCACCCUAUGCAGACAGAGCCUGUGGGAAAUAUUGGGUGCGGCGCAAAUGAGCGGAGGGUGCGGAGCUAA